UCUCUGUUUUCACCUCCUCCUCAUAGGAACUGUUUUCUGCUUUCAUCCUUGUCUGCUUGCUAUUUUCUUUCUUUUUUCACCGGUCAGUCUCUGAUCUUAUUGACCUUCUCUGUCUUGGAAGAAAGCAAAAGAAAUGGCCUUUUUGAGCUACGUUUUGCUGUUUUUACUGUUUGUUUUAGUUUAGGCAAUUUGUUUUCUUUUUUUUGGGGGGUAACAUGGAGGAGGUUGAGGCGGCUAACAAAGCAGCAGUAGAUAGCUCCCAUAGAGUUUUGAGUAUUUUGUGUCAGCCUCGAGACCAGGUUAAUCACAGGAAUUUAAUGGCUGAAACCGGGGAAGCUGUUUUCAGGUUCAAAAGAGUAGUUUCCCUUUUGAACUCUGGUUUGGGACAUGCAAGAGUGAGGAAGCUAAGGAAAUCACAAACCCCUUUUCCUCACACCACCCUCUUGGAUACCCCACACACUAAUGUCCAACAAAAGAAACCUCUAUGUUUAGGGUACCCAUCGUUGGAACCGAGUUCAAAAGGGAAGAACCCUCUUCAACUCACUCAACAGGCGCCAUUGGGGCACUAUCAUUUCCUCCAAACACAACAACAGACGAAACAACAAGCUGAAAUGAUGAUGUUUGGGAAGACCAGUAGUAGUGGGAUUAACAUGAACUUUGAUGGCUCUUUCUACACACCAACCAUGUCAUCUACUAGGUCUUUCAUUUCUUCCUUGAGCAUAGAUGGAAGUGUAGCUAACUUCAAUUGUACUGUUGGGAGUGCUUUCCAUUCCCAACACAAGAAGAAAUGUUAUGGUAUGGUAGAAGAAGAUGGGAGUAUCAGAUGUGGAACUAGUGGUAGAUGUCAUUGCUCUAAAAAGAGGAAACAUAGAGUGAAGAGGUCAAUCAAGGUGCCUGCUAUCAGUAACAAGCUUGCAGACAUUCCUCCUGAUGACUAUUCAUGGAGGAAAUACGGGCAGAAGCCGAUCAAGGGUUCUCCUCACCCUAGGGGUUAUUAUAAAUGUAGCACCAUGAGAGGUUGCCCUGCAAGGAAACAUGUGGAGAGGUGCUUGGAAGAACCAUCCAUGCUUAUUGUUACCUAUGAAGGGGAGCAUAAUCACCCAAGAUUUCCAUCAUCGUCUACAACAUAGGAAAUUGUGGUGUCAAAGCC